AUGUAUGUUCAUCUGCCAGACAGAGUAUUGCGGCAAUAUGGUCAUGUCCAAACCAUUCAUGGCUCACCGUUAGAGGUAGUGGGUCAGAUGACCACACCAGAUGAAAUGGACAUUAUGUUUACGCAAUAUGUUGUGCAUAUAGUGGAUGCUGGCGUAGUUGUGCAGGGACAUGUAGUUUGCUCGAAUGAUUAUAUGGACUGGUUUCGCAGAAUUUCUCAUCCAUACAUCAUUCGUAGAGGACCAGUCCAUGAAGCUGAUGCAGAGCUUACUGAUCAUGUCACUCAUGCAGCUGAUGGCGGCGAUCCUGCUGAUGACACAGUUGACAUAACGCGUCGAGCAAUACAAAUUGUUGAAGAGCUGAUUGGCCGACAACUAAUAUUACCUGAUGGCAUGCCACUCAUUAAUGAGUUAAUUUUGAUGAUGCGAAGUCAGAGGGGUGGUGGUAGAGAUUGGACGAACACAGUACCAUAUCGUAGAAGAAAUAGAAGGACUUAG